GGAAAAACACAGGAAAUAAUACAAAAAUACAGCCUGGUGUACUUAAAGAGUACCAUUUUCAUCUGGAAUGAUCAUUAACAUUCAUUAUUGAGAUAUACAAGGCCAGGAAGAAAUGCAUAUGGUGAAACAGUUUUUAUCAUCCUACAGCAACUUGUAUAAAUUUAGUCUUCUCACUUCCAAAAGUAUAUUUCUAUUUUAUAGAAGAUACUAUAUAUAUUUAUCUUCAUUUCUGACCAACAGAAAAUGAAUUGUUUAAAAUGUGUCUGGUCACAAGUCUAUUAUAAUAUAAUUUACCACUUUAUUUAGUUGUAUAGGAUGUAUGGUAAUUGUAUUGCAAUUAUUAGCCCUUUUUAUUAGUAAUAUGUCUAUAUGAAUUAUAAUAAGAUUGUAUACAUACCUAAGUUGUCAUUUUGACCUUAUUUUAAAGCCUUUUAUGCAUUUUUUUUCACUUUUUGAAUGAAUCAAGGACCAGAAAUGAGUGGAAUACUAUCUUAAACAAGUCAAAAAUCUGUGAUGACCUUUAUAUUACUUAAAUGAUGAAUGGUAAAAACACCCACAAAAUUCCAGCUGAUAAUUACCCCAUUUAGACAUUGGCAAAUUUGUCCCUCAAUCCAAGUCAACCUUCCUUCCUCAUCAGAGUUCAUGGAACUUCAUGUGUUUUAUGUCCCUGAGGGAUCUUGGAACUAUAAGUUGAAUACAAUUUUAGUAGAAGUUGUUGACGAAUUCAUUUCAGCUGGAUUUCUAAGGCGAUCUCCUUAUUUGUGUUUGAGAUAGCUACGGGAGUGUCUUGGUGAAUUCCCUGGUGAAGAUGCUGUUGCAGAAAACUUUUUAUUUCUGAACAUUGGAAAUAAUCUAGCUGUGGUGAAGGCAACACAAGAAUCAGAACUGAAACUCAAAUUGUUCCUCCAUAUGUAUGCUCUUCAAUCAGAAUUAUAUUUGCUUCCUGUAAUGGAUCAUUUUGGAAAUAUUUACUCAGUAUCAACAAUUUCUUUAGAUGGGCGGCAGACUGAUGAUGGUGUUACUGAGGCUGUCGAAGUAAUUCACAGACCAGUUAGUGUAACUCUGUCAAAGGAAGAACCCAGGACAGAUCCAAGUUUUUUAGAAAAUGCUUUGAAAAAGCCUCUUAACAAAAAUAAGGAAAAAGCUGGGAGGAAAGAGGCUCUGAAAGAAAACCAGACUUUAAAAAAUGAAUUCAGGAAUUCUGAAUUGCCAGGAUCACUGGAAGAUUCAAAUAAUGACUAUUUUAGCACCAAAAAGAGUCAGUUUCUUUGGAAAAAUGAAGAUGAUGGAGUUAAUAACAUUAGAAGACAUGACAGUCAGAUAGGUAAAAAAGAAUACAUCACCUUACCAGAUCUUAAAGAUUUUCCUUCACUUCCUUGUCAAGGAAGUGAUGUCCCUGCUGAUUUUCCAGGAAUAACUGAAAUCUCUUCACUAGAGAUUCAUAGAAGGAAGGUUAUCAAACAAAUAAAACAAGUAAAGGAAGAAAGAAGGUAUCUGCAAAGAAUUAAAGAGGAGCUAAUAAAAGUUGAAAAGCAGUAUGAACAAAGCAUAUUGAGACAAUAUCGUGCCUGUGAUAGUUCGAAGAAAAAAUACUUUGAAACAAAGAAAGUGACAGCAUCAUUGGAGGAGGUUUUAGUAAAAUGUCAAGAAGAUUUAGAACUCUACUAUAAAAAACUGCUCCUGCAGCUUAAAGCUAGGGAGAUCAAGAUAAGACUGAAGACUAUAGCAAACAUCACAAACUCUAAGAAUAACCUUAUACUUCAUAUCACCGAGGUACAGUGUGCAAUUGACCAACUUAAGAGAAAAUCAGAUAUUCAGAAAAUAAAACUCAUCAUACAAGCUAAGAUGAGAAAACAAGCAAUUUCAGAUGUAUCCACACUGAAAGCUGCACUGACACAGAAAAAAUUAAUACAUCUUUACAACUUCAAUUAG